AAAGGAUCUACCAGACAAGCAGUUACGGGAACCUUGUGGGAAUCGGCUUGGCUUCACUGAGACGGCGUUUGGCAGGUGUCUUUGGAGCCUGACCCCUUCCAACACUUCCUAUGGAACCGAAUCAGUCUUCAAGUCACGGUGAUGGAGCCAGAUGGUUAGGGGAAACCAGCUGCCCCCUGAAAGUCACCGAAGACAUCUGGUUUGGAUGCUGUUCCUGCACCUAUGUCACCAGAGAUCAGCAUGCAAUUUUGAGCCAUCUGGCUGCCCAUGGUGAUGAACAAUCCAAGUGCCAGCAUCCUCCCAUGUAUGAUGGCUCGUCCCAAGUGCUCGGCAACACUCGGAACCACAAGAGUGAAAAGCCUUUUAAGUGCAAGCUUUGCUCUCAAGAGUUUGCUUAUAAUUCCCUUCUGACCUGUCAUAAUCGAACACAUGCUGGUGAAAAACAAUUUAAGUGCAUGCAAUGCCCCAAAGCCUUCACAUGGAGGAAAAGUCUGAUGUACCACAAUCAAACACACACAGGUAAAAAGCCAUUUAAAUGCAAGCUUUGUCCCAAAGAGUUCGCUUCUAAUUCCCUCCUGACCUUACAUAAUCAUUUGCACACUGUUGAAAAGCCAUUUAGAUGCAUGAGGUGCACCAAAGCCUUUGCUAAAAAUUCUUCUCUGCGAAGACAUAAUCGAACACACACAGGUGAAAAGCCAUUUAAGUGCAUGCAAUGCCCCAAAGCCUAUGUUCAGAGUAGAAAUCUGAUCUACCACAACCGAACACACACAGGUGAAAAGCCAUUUAAGUGCAAGCUUUGCCCCGAAGAGUUUGCUUGUAAUUCCCUUCUGACCUACCAUAAUUAUUUGCACACUGGUGAAAAGCCAUUUAAGUGCUUGCAAUGCCCCCAAGCUUUCAUUCAAAAUUCCCAUCUGCGUCAUCAUAAUCAACUACACACUGGUGAAAAGCCAUUUAAGUGCAAGCAGUGCCCCCGAGCCUUUGCUCAAAGUUCCUCUCUGAGAUAUCAUAAUCGAACACACACUGGUGAAAAGCCAUUCAAGUGCAAGUGGUGCUCCAAAGCCUUUGCUGAAAGUAGCGGGCUGACCCACCACAAUCGUACGCACACAGGUGAAAAGCCAUAUAAGUGCAAGCAGUGCCCCAAAGCCUUUGCUCAUAGUUCCUCUCUGAGAUAUCAUAAUCGAACACACACUGGUGAAAAGCCAUUGAAGUGCAAGCAGUGCCCCAAAGCCUUUGCCCACAGUUCCUCUCUGAGAAAUCAUAAUCGAACACACACAGUUGAAAAGCCAUUUAAGUGCAAGCAGUGCCCCCGAGCCUUUACUGAUAAUUGUGCUCUGAUAAAUCAUAAUCGAACACACACUGGUGAAAAGCCUUAUAAGUGCAAGCAGUGCCCCUUAGCCUUUGCUAACAGUAGCAGUCUGACUUACCACAACAGAGCACACACAGGUGAAAAGCCAUUUAAGUGCAAGCAGUGCCCCAAAGCCUUUGCUCGAAGUGCCUCUCUGGAGUAUCAUAAUCGAACACACACUGGUGAAAAGCCAUUUAAGUGCAAGCAGUGCCCCCAAGCCUUUGCUAUAAAUUCUUCUCUCCAAAGACAUAAUCGAACACACACAGGUGAAAAGCCAUUUAAGUGCAAGCAGUGCCCCAGAGCCUUUGCUCAAGAUACGACUCUGAGAAUUUAUAAUCGAACACACACUGGUGAAAAGCCAUUUAAGUGCAAGCAGUGCCCCCGAGCCUUUGCUCAAAAUUCUGGUCUGAGAAAUCAUAAUCGAACACACACUGGUGAAAAGCCAUUUAAGUGCAAGCAGUGCCCCUUAGCCUUUGCUCAAAAUUCCUCUCUACAAAACCAUAAUCGAAUGCAUACAGGUGAAAAGUCAUUUAAGUGCAAGCAGUGCCCCCAAAGCCUUCUCUCAUAAUGCUAGUCUUAUCCUCUAUUAUCGAAAACAGUGUUUAAGGGGAAACAAGGGUCUUUAAGUUUUUCUAAAUUUUUCAUUUAUCGUGCCGAAAUUUAGGAUACUGAUCUCUUUCUCAAUGGUGAUUUCAA